AUGACGUCACCGUCGUGGAACUUCUCCCAGCUCGUGUUUGAUUCUGAACGGACGCUUUUGAUUCGGUUUACGGAAGUAGCUCAUCAUUAUUUACUAAAACCGGAUUAGAAUCGGUUUCGCUCCUCGGUGUCAGACUGCACAAUGCGGGUGACAUGUCUCCUGCUGUUCGCUGGUUGUGUUUUGUGGAGCUUGUCGAUCACGGCGGCGAUAGAGCCGAUCAGCACGAGCAUCGCUGUCGGUAUGGCCGCGGCGCUCACCGGAUUCCUGGCCCGUUAUCAGAACGUGCUCUAUUACUUUCAGGAAUGUUGCAGACCAGAGUGGAUUUCAUUCAACAAAACAGGACUGAAGUAUGACCUCGACACAAAGCUGUACGGGCAGCACGUCGCUGCUCAGGUCAUCCUGAAAGCCGUCACGGGCUUCAUGAACAAUGUAAACCCAAAGAAACCACUGGUUCUGUCCCUCCACGGCUGGACUGGGACCGGGAAGAACUUCGUGAGCCAGCUUAUAGCGGAAAACAUUUACCAGAAAGGGAUGACGAGCAGCUUCGUUCAUCUGUUUACAGCGACAGCACACUUUCCUCACGAGACUCACAUUGACAAGUACAAGACCCAUUUACAGGAGUGGAUACGAGGGAAUGUUUCCAUCUGCCCGCGUUCAAUGUUCAUCUUCGAUGAAAUGGAUAAAAUGCAUCCCGGGCUGAUCGACAGUAUUAAACCUUAUCUAGACUUCUAUGAAAACCUGAAUGGAGUGUCCUACAGACAAGCCAUCUUCAUCUUCCUCAGCAACGCCGGGGGUGAGAAGAUCGUUGAGGUGGCUCUGAAUUUCUGGAAGGAUGGUAGAGAACGAGAAGAGAUCCAGCUGAAGGAUCUAGAGACGGCACUUUCACUGUCCGUCUUCAACAACAGAAACAGUGGUUUCUGGCACACUAGUUUAAUCGAUAAGAACCUGGUGGAUUUCUUCGUGCCGUUUCUCCCUCUGGAGUACAAGCACGUCAUUCAGUGCGGUUUGGCUGAGAUGGUCUCCAAGGGUCGCGCCCCUGAUAAAGAAGUGGUUGAAAUGAUGGCCCGCGACCUGAACUACUUCCCUAAAGAGGAGCGCGUCUUCUCCAUGCAGGGCUGCAAGAUCAUUCCUGCCAGAUUGGACUUCUAUAUUUGAUAGAGAGGAAAAAACAAAGACUCAGAGACAGCAAACUGGUUAUCCUCUGUGUGCUUUUUUUCACAGAACUACUUCUGCAGUAGAAGGAUUUACAGAAUUCCUUCUCAGACUGAGUUAUUUGAAGCAGGAGAUGUUUUUACUCAAUCAGAUGUGUUUUAUACACUAACAGAGACUGUUUUAUUAAUGUCUGAUCGGCUGCUGAAGUCCUUGAUCUCAAUGGUGUUUCUGUUUAAGAUGAUGAAGUUGCAGAGGAAACCUUUUAUUUAAAUGACUUUGCACAUUGUGGAGCUCGUAAAAACACUGGCUGUCAGCGAUUUUAUAAUGAUCUGUAUUAAUUAUCGUGAAGAGAAAAGCAUUAAUUUGCUUUUAUCUUAAAUAUCACAGACAUGUUUGUUUGUGCCUUUUUUAAAUGUCAUGGAAAGUUGAGGAUGCAAGAAGGAUCCAGAAGACAACGGGAAUCUCAUUUUGACCAGUGAAACUUAAAGAUCUUUAUUUUUUUUUUUAAUGCAUCACUGUUAGGAUUCAUUUUGUGUUGUCAAUAUGUGCCACUGGUUCUGAUAGAAGGUUAAGUAAAUCAAAGUGCCUGUUUAUCUUGUCAGAAAAAAAAAAAACUUGGUUUAAACAUAAUUUCACAUGAGACAUUCAUGAAACUUUUUAUUUUUGAGAUGCGCCGAGCACCAGCAAAAAUACUUGAAGGAUUUAAUCUCUGUGUUAAUUCUGAUAAAGGUUUAUUAUGUAAACAGACUCGAUCUUGAGAAUUUUAUACACAAAUUCAUUUCUGUUUCUAUUUCUUUUUCAUUGAGUUAUCCAGGAUAACCAGAUAAGGAAUUCUAAAAUCAUUAGAUCAUCCUAGAAAUAGUAUAAAAAUGUUUACAUGGCUGUUCAAAAGUUUGGGAUCAGUAUGAUUUUUUUUUUUAAAUGUUUUUUGUGCUCAUCAAAGUUUGAUUUAUUAGUUAUAAAAUACAGAAAAAAGAGUAAUGUUAUGAAAUAUUAUUGCAAUAAAAAAAAAAACAGUUUUCUAUUUUAAUAUAAUUUAAAAUUGUAUUUAUUUCUGUGAUUCAAAACCAAAUUUUCAGUAUCAUUACUCCAGUUUUCAGUGUCACAUGAUCCUUCAGAAAUCAUUCUAAUAUGUUGAAACCUAUUUUUUUUUUUAAAUGGGUGAUACUUUUUUCCAGAUUCUUUGAAUAAAAAGUUCAAAAGAACAGCAUUUAUUCAAAAUAGAAAUCUUUCUAGCAAUGUCUAGAAAUCACAAUUUUAAAAUUCCCUGAUCUUUCUAGGUUAACCAAGAACAAAUGAGCACAAGAAAAAUUUUUAUUCCCAAUUUUAUAAGAUUCCAAAGAUUAAGUAGCACACAAUGUGACAGAAACAUUUGAGGCCUAUUUUAAAUGUCAUUACUUUUAGUAAAUGAUUACUUUUUUAUGGCAUCUGAAUUAUCUAAAUAGCAGGUGUGAUGUAUCCCAGGAUACUGUGCAAAUACAGCCGUUUCAGCUGCUUUCCUAACACAGAACCAUUCAUGAAUAAUAACAAAUGCAUAGAGAAACACUUGAACAUUUUAUCUGAAAUUAAACAGCACUUUAUUUCUGAUCCACUUGUUCUUGUGAGCUUUGGGUCCAGAUGUGACAAUGAAACUCCACUGACUGUUUUCAAACCAUCUUAUGACUUCCAAGAUGAUUCCGACGAUAACAGUAUUCCACAUAAGCACCGCUCCCGGCUGCACUCGGAGGCACAGUUCUGUAUCAAUUGUUUCAGGUUUCCAUUAUACAA